CUGGGUGGUGAGCAGUCACUAAAGUAAGGGCCAGGGGAAUGGGUGACACUGCAUGCAGCAAGAGGGACUAAGGGCAGAGAUGAAGAGGGACUCCUGGGCUCUUGGGGAUCAUAGGCUCUGCUUCUUUGGACAGAAGAGGCUUUGAAAAUGGCUAAAUGAGAUUGAUUCAGGAGGAAGCUGAAAGAUGGGCUGGUUCACCUUGUGGGCUUCUCUUGCCGUGUGGUUUUUUGGUGGAGGGUGACAGGCGAACUCCUUAAGUGGAAGGACCCAGGGAAGGAAGGAGGGGCUCCCUGGGUCCCCUGCUUUGAGCCCAACUCGUGCCUGGGCUUGUCCUCACACCCCAGGGGCAGAUGCCCAGUGAAGUUGGACCUUCUCUUUCUUCCCCGCCCUUCUCUGACAAUUCACCCCUCAGCGGGCCUCUCCAUCCUCUCCCGCCCUGAUCUGCAGAGGAACAGGGAGUGGUUUUGGCGGUUGGCACAGGGGGAGCUGUUGAUGGCAUGGGGCCGUAUCAUCUGACAGCUGCCUGACCCAGGCGGGGAGGGCCUGGAGGGAGGCGCUAGGCUCCUGCAGGCAGUGCACGUUGGUGGUGAGCCCAUUGCCACUCCACAUUGCCCAGCCCUGCAAGGUGGAGGUGUCCCCAGGGCCGCACGGGGGCUGGCCAGGAGGAGGAACAUGCCUCUCAAAUUAGUGGAAAAGAGUUCCACCAGAGUUACACCAAGUGUCCAGCCUCAUCCCCAGCCCAUCAGAAACAUGAGUACGAGCCGGACCACGGAGGACAGCUGUGAGCUGGACCUGGUGUACGUCACCGAGAGGAUCAUCGCCGUCUCCUUCCCCAGCACAGCCAAUGAGGAGAACUUCCGGAGCAACCUCCGCGAGGUGGCCCAGAUGCUCAAAUCCAAACAUGGAGGCAACUACCUGCUUUUCAACCUCUCUGAGCGAAGACCUGACAUCACGAAGCUCCACGCCAAGGUCCUGGAAUUUGGCUGGCCCGACCUGCACACCCCGGCCCUGGAGAAGAUCUGCAGUGUCUGCAAGGCCAUGGACACCUGGCUCAAUGCAGACCCCCACAAUGUGGUCGUCCUACACAACAAGGGAAAUCGAGGCAGGAUCGGCGUUGUGAUCGCGGCUUACAUGCACUACAGCAACAUUUCUGCCAGUGCCGAUCAGGCCCUGGACCGGUUUGCCAUGAAACGGUUCUAUGAGGAUAAGAUUGUACCCAUUGGCCAACCAUCCCAGAAGAGGUACGUGCACUAUUUCAGCGGCCUGCUCUCUGGCUCCAUCAAAAUGAACAACAAGCCCUUGUUUCUGCACCACGUGAUCAUGCAUGGCAUCCCCAACUUCGAGUCUAAAGGAGGAUGUCGACCAUUUCUCCGGAUCUACCAGGCCAUGCAACCUGUCUACACAUCUGGCAUCUACAACGUCCAAGGAGACAGCCAGACCAGCAUCUGCAUCACCAUUGAGCCUGGGCUGCUCUUGAAGGGAGACAUCUUGCUGAAGUGUUACCACAAGAAGUUCCGGAGCCCAGCUCGAGACGUCAUCUUCCGCGUGCAGUUCCAUACCUGUGCCAUCCAUGACCUAGGAGUUGUCUUUGGGAAGAAGGACCUUGAUGAUGCCUUCAAAGAUGAUCGAUUUCCAGAAUACGGCAAAGUUGAGUUUGUAUUUUCCUAUGGACCAGAGAAAAUUCAAGGCAUGGAACACCUGGAGAAUGGGCCGAGUGUGUCCGUGGACUAUAACACCUCCGACCCCCUCAUCCGCUGGGAUUCCUAUGACAACUUCAAUGGGCAUCGAGAUGAUGGCAUGGAGGAGGUUGUGGGCCAUACCCAGGGACCCCUGGACGGGAGCCUGUAUGCCAAGGUGAAGAAGAAGGACUCCUUGCACGGCAGCACCGGGGCUGUCAACGCCACGCGGCCCGUGCUGUCAGCCACCCCCAAUCACGUGGAGCACACCCUCUCCGUGAGCAGCGACUCGGGCAACUCCACAGCCUCCACCAAGACAGACAAGACCGAUGAGCCUGCCCCCGGCCCCGCCAGUGCCCCUGCUGCCCUGAGUCCCGAGGAGAAGCGCGAGCUGGACCGCCUGCUCAGUGGCUUCGGCUUGGAGCGGGAGAAGCAAGGCACCAUGUACCACCCUCAGCAUCUCCGGUCCCGCCCAGUGGGAGGCCCUGCCGCGCCUUCCUCUGGCCGCCACAUCGUCCCGGCCCAGGUUCACGUCAAUGGCGGAGCCUUAGCCUCCGAGCGGGAGACGGACAUCCUGGACGAUGAGCUGCCCAACCAGGAUGGGCACAGUGUGGGCAGCAUGGGCACCCUGUCCUCCCUGGAUGGGGUCACCAACACCAGUGAGGGUGGCUACCCAGAGGCCCUCUCCCCACUGACCAACGGUCUGGACAAGCCCUACCCCAUGGAACCUAUGGUCAACGGCGGGGGCUACCCCUAUGAGUCUGCCAGCCGUGUGGUGCCUGCCCAGGCUGGCCACACAGCCCCCAUGAGACCCUCCUACUCCGCACAGGAGGGUUUAGCUGGCUACCAGCGGGAGGGACCCCACCCAGCCUGGCCACAGUCAGCAACCACCUCCCACUAUGGCCAUGACCCCAACGGUAUGUUUCGCUCUCAGUCCUUUCCCGAAACGGAGCCCCAGCUGCCCCCAGCUCCAGCCCGUGGUGGGAGCAGCCGGGAGGCUGUGCAGAGGGGCCUGAAUUCCUGGCAGCAGCAGCAGCAGCAGCAGCAGCAGCCUCGCCCACCUCCUCGCCAACAGGAAAGAGCCCACUUGGAGAGCCUCGGGCUCAGCAGGCCCAGCCCCCAGCCACUGGCAGAGCCCCCCGUGUCUGGCCUCCCUGAGUUCCCGCGUGCGGCCUCCCGGCAGGAGAUCGAGCAGUCCAUCGAGGCCCUCAACAUGCUGAUGCUCGAUCUGGAGCCAGCCACGGCGGGCGCCCCCCUACACAAGUCCCAGAGUGUGCCUGGGGCCUGGCCGGGGGCUUCUCCGCUCUCCUCCCAGCCCUUCUCUGGCUCCUCCUGCCAGUCCCACCCACUGACCCAGUCCAGAUCUGGCUACAUCCCCAGUGGGCAUUCCUUGGGAACCCCUGAGCCAGCCCCCCGGGCCUCCCUGGAGUCCGUUCCCACUGGCAGGCCUUACUCACCUUAUGAUUAUCAGCCAUGUCCGACUGGGCCCAACCAGAGUUACCGUCCAAAGAGCCCGGCCACCUCCUCCUCGCCUGCCUUCCUUCCAACCACCCAGAGCUCUCUGGGGCCUCAGCAGCCCCCAGCCUCUCUCCCUGGCCUCACCACUCAGCCUCAGCUCCCACCAAAGGAGGUGACUUCAGACCCAUCCCGAACUCCAGAGGAGGAACCACUGAACUUGGAGGGGCUGGUGGCCCACCGGGUGGCAGCGUACAAUGCCAGGCUGCAGGGCACUGGGCGGAGAGUCGGCUCCUGGCACCCUCCUCUCCACCGGCUCCGAUCUUCCUCUCUCUCUGGUGGCCUCCCGGAUACCCCCGCUUCCGGAGCCCCAGGCAAGCAGUCGGACACCCAGCCCUGCCACCUGGAGCUGAGGAAUCCAGUCUUUUGGAAAAUGGAAGGCUGGAGAGAAGAGCUGGGGGUGCAGGCUCGGGAGAAGCAGCCUGCAGAGCCCCCAGCACCUCUCCGGAAGCGGGCUGCCAGCGAUGGGCAGUACGAGAACCAGUCACCAGAACCCACAUCCCCCCGUAGCCCCGGGGUUCGCUCGCCUGUCCAAUGUGUCUCCCCAGAGCUGGCUCUUACUAUCGCUCUCAAUCCUGGAGGGCGGCCCAAAGAGCCCCAUCUGCACAGCUACAAGGAGGCCUUCGAGGAGAUGGAGGGAACCUCUCCAACCAGCCCACCACCCAGUGGGGUGCGUUCCCCUCCAGGUCUGGCCAAGACACCCUUGUCUGCUCUGGGCCUGAAGCCCCACAACCCAGCCGACAUCCUGCUGCACCCCACCGGCGAGGAGGAUGAGAGGAAGGUGCUGACAGAGCUUUCUGAAGAGCCCCGGAGCUAUGUGGAGUCGGUGGUACGAACGGCGGUGGCUGGGCCCCGGACUCAGGAACCUGAGCCCAAGAGCUUUAGCACCCCAGUUGCGCAGGCCUAUGGCCACGAGACACCCCUGAGGAAUGGGACCCUGGGAGGCUCCUUUGUCUCCCCCAGCCCCCUCUCCACCAGCAGCCCCAUCCUCAGCGCUGACAGCACUUCCGUGGGGAGUUUCCCAUCCGGGGAGAGCAGCGACCAGGGCGCGCGGACACCCACCCAGCCUCUGCUGGAUUCUGGCUUCCGCUCCGGCAGCUUGGGCCAGCCGAGCCCUUCGACUCAGAGGAGCUACCAGAGCUCUCCUCCUCUGCCGACUGCAGGCAGCAGCUACAGCAGCCCCGACUACUCACUGCAGCAGUUCAGCUGCCCGGAGGCCCAGGCCCGGUCUCAGUUCAGUGUGGCCAGCGUCCACACGGUGCCUGGGAGCCCCCAGGCACGGCACAGGACAGUGGGCACCAACACGCCCCCCAGCCCUGGCUUUGGCCGCCGGGCCGUGAACCCCAGCCUGGCUGCCCCCAGCAGCCCCAGUUUGAGCCACCGCCAGGUGAUGGGUCCGCUGGGAACCGGUUUCCAUGGUAACACCAUCUCCAGCCCCCAGAGCAGCGCAGCGACCACUCCGGGAAGCCCCAGUCUGGGUCGCCACCCUGGGGCCCACCAGGUUUCCAACCUCCACGGCAAUGUGGCCACCACUCCCGGGAGCCCCAGCCUGGGCCGGCACCCCGGGGCCCACCAAGGCACCCUGGCCUCCAAUCUCCAUGGCAACACAGUAGCCAGCCCCGGAAGCCCCAGCCUGGGCCGUCACUUGGGAGGGUCUGGAUCUGUGGUUCCCGGCAGCCCCAGCUUGGACCGGCACGUACCCUACGGUGGCUACUCCACUCCUGAGGACCGGAGACCCACGCUGUCACGGCAGAGCAGCGCCUCGGGCUACCAGGCUCCUUCCACGCCCUCCUUCCCUGUGUCCCCCGCCUACUACCCCGGCCUGAGCAGUCCCGCCACCUCCCCCUCGCCGGAUUCGGCGGCUUUCCGACAAGGGAGCCCCACCCCGGCCUUGCCGGAGAAGCGGAGGAUGUCCAUGGGCGACCGAGCGGGCAGCCUCCCCAACUACGCCACCGUCAACGGGAAGGUGUCCUCCUCGCCAGUCGCCAGCGGCAUGUCCAGUCCCAGCGGGGGCAGCACCGUCUCCUUCUCCCACACUCUGCCCGACUUCUCCAAGUACUCCAUGCCAGACAACAGUCCUGAGACGCGGGCUAAAGUGAAGUUUGUCCAAGACACUUCCAAGUAUUGGUACAAGCCUGAGAUCUCCAGAGAACAGGCUAUCGCCCUCCUUAAGGACCAGGAGCCAGGGGCUUUCAUCAUCCGUGACAGCCACUCCUUCCGAGGAGCCUAUGGGCUGGCUAUGAAGGUGUCUUCGCCCCCUCCGACCAUUAUGCAGCAGAAUAAAAAAGGGGACAUGACCCACGAGCUCGUGAGGCAUUUCCUGAUAGAGACCGGCCCCAGAGGAGUCAAGCUCAAGGGCUGCCCCAACGAGCCAAACUUCGGAUCUCUGUCUGCCCUGGUCUACCAGCACUCCAUCAUCCCGCUGGCCCUGCCCUGCAAGCUGGUCAUUCCAAACCGAGACCCCACAGAUGAAUCGAAAGAUAGCUCGGGCCCUGCCAACUCAACCAGUGACCUGCUGAAGCAAGGGGCAGCCUGCAACGUGCUCUUCGUCAACUCGGUGGACAUGGAGUCACUUACUGGGCCACAGGCCAUCUCCAAAGCCACUUCCGAGACCCUGGCUGCUGACCCCACACCAGCUGCCACCGUCGUUCACUUCAAAGUUUCUGCCCAGGGAAUUACGCUGACUGACAACCAGAGAAAGCUCUUCUUCAGGCGACACUACCCUCUCAACACCGUGACCUUCUGUGACCUGGAUCCACAGGAGAGGAAGUGGACGAAGACGGAGGGAGGUGCCCCUGCUAAGCUCUUCGGUUUCGUGGCCCGGAAGCAGGGCAGCACCACGGACAACGCCUGCCACCUCUUUGCUGAGCUUGACCCCAACCAGCCGGCCUCCGCCAUCGUCAACUUUGUCUCCAAGGUCAUGCUGAGUGCCGGCCAGAAGAGAUGAGCCCCUGCCACCCCUUGCCCAGGGCCAGGGCAGUGGGGAUGGGGCAUAUGGGGAGGGGACCCAUGAAUCCUGACCAUCCUUGAACCCAGAAGGAGGACUUUGGGCCAUUUUGGAGAAGGAGAGAAGAAAGUGUCACGUGGGGAGAGGAAAGUGAAUUGAGCGGGGAGGGGGAGAGAGAGAGGAAGAAAGAAGGAGAUGGAGGAGAAUAACUCAGAUUCCCCUGGGGAGAUGGAUACUGCGAAACCCCCAGAGCCUCCAAAACUCACCAGGUCCACCUAAGUCCCCCUCCACCCUCUGAUGGGGCUCCUCAGGGGAGACAGGACUGGUCUCCUUGGAGACCCACAUUUUGAAUGAAAAUGGAAAAGCUCUUUCUCCCUAACCCAACUGCUUUGCAAGGAGAAAUCCCAUGGAGAAUCUUUCUCUAGCCACCUCUGGGGUAGAUCACCAAACCAAAAAGAGCCCGCAUGGGACGUCCAGCGGCAGAACUUUUGCUUCUGAAAGUAUCUCAGACCCCAGGCACCUAAGGUCUCUUUGCUUUGCCUCUGAUGUACAGUUUGUGGGUGUGUUUCUGGGGUGUAUAUAUGGCCAUGCCCACAUCCUCACUCACUGAUUUCUGUUUGCCUCUCAGCUAGAAUUAUAAACAGGUAUACUUGUCCUCUGUGUUUGCACACACAUGUGCACACCGUCCAAAGCAAGAAAGAGUCAGGGAUGGGGUGACAGGGCAUCAAGGAGGGGGUGUAAGUCCACUUCCCCAGGGGCACCUGGCAUUGUAGGUAAUGGACUUUCCUGGUCCCUGUACCUGCUCUAACAGCCUUCGGGGCCGCCAGCCCUUUCUCCUCAGCAGAGACCCCCAUGGAGUGGGGCUGGCCACGCUGCAGCGUUCCCCCUGACCUGCUGGCAUCUGGAGGCUGGGGCAUUGGUUUGAGGAGAUGAGGACAGAUGUGUCCAGGGCUUUGGGGGAGAGACCCCUCAGGAAGGGUGGCUGCCCAGCUCGGGGAGCCUUUUCCGAGGCGUGUGGCCCAGCCUCGGGGCAGGCAGGGGGCUCCCGUCGCUUCCAGUCCUCAGCCCAAUCUUGGCUUUCGUGUCCCAGAUCAGCCGUUCUCAGAUGUGCCCCGUGUUCAGGAUGCCUUUAGGGUGCUGCGGAACGAGCCUUCCUGCCCCGCCCUGUUCUGUCCUGCAGGGUCCCUGUGUUGGGGCUCAUCCCGGGACCUGCUUCUGGAAGCCCUGCUUGGCGAGACCCAGGGGAGACCCCUGUAGUUCCUGUGCCCCCUCUGUAAGGGUUUGGGGGUCUAAUUUUGCUGGGCUGCCCAGGGGAGCUGGCCAGAGCUCUGGGGGCUGCUUGCUGCACACCACAUGGCCUGCUCUGACACUAAAGCCUUGCUCCCCACCCUUCUCCUUUGUUUCUCCCCCAAAGCCCAGCUGCCGUGGACCAGAGGGCAGAAGGCACACAUUUAGGUCGAAGGGCUGAGAGUCCAGCUGGGCACCUGGGAACCCCCUGACCACCACCCAAGCACUCUAAGCCGGAUGGAAGAAUCCACCAGGACUCCAUCCUUGAGUAGAUUCUUAAGCCUCUGGGUUCCCUAGAGAGAGGCACUGUACUGAUAUAUAAAUAUAUAUAAUAUAUAUGUGAGACAUACUGACAGAAUCUGUAAGCUAAUAAAAUAUAAGAAAAGGUUAAAAAAAAAAAGAAUAGGCAAAUUGACAAGAAGUAUUUAUUAUUUUCCCAUACUGCUUUGUUGCCUCCGCGGCAUAAUCCAAUCCCCAUCCCUCUCUGUGUUCCAAGCGAAGCCUCAGAGGUCAGGGCCUUCAUCCUUGGAGCUAUCAGGGGUCUCCUUGAACAGGCCUUGGCCUUCCCUAGACUCUGAUGGGGGCUCAGCAGAGAGGGGGUGCAUGCGUUUCACCCCCUCCAUCCCUUCUCAUUUUUGGCAAGCCCAGGCCUGGCUGUCAGACCCCAGAGAUGACGGGGGAGCUGCCCGCCUCCUUGCGGGCCGUGCAAGGGCAGGUGCAUGAGCCUGCACACGGGUGUGCGUGGUGGGCGUGGGUGACGUGUGCAUUUGUAGUUUUUCUUUUCCAAGAAGCUGUAUCUGUGUGGACGUUCUGUUUCAGGGAGUUGGAAAGGAGAGCGUCUGAAGGUGGCGGGGAGCGUCCCUCUACCACCUCACUUUCCAAAGAUGGAAACCUUGAUUUUGGUGACCAAGGUUCAUCCUAGGGGCUCUUCCUUCUGAGGCCUUCAAGCCAGACACCCCGAUUUCCCCUCUUUCAUUCCCUGCCUAACCCCAACUGUCUUCCCAGGCAAAAGAGGAUAUUUCCACCUUCCUUUGUAAAUCUCCCACUGGACUGCCCGGGGACUUUUUUCCUCCUGGUCUGAAUGGCCGGGCGGAGCGUGAGACCCCUCACACGUGCUUUUCCACCACCCACCAGCAGCCCACCACCAAGAAUGACCAGCCAGACCCCACCCCACUCAGGCCUGGACCGUGUGCGACUCUGGGAAGGCCCCAGGAGAUGCUGGAAAGCCGAUCCACCCCCUGCCCCACAUGCUUCUGGAGGGAGCCAGUUUCCUAGCAUGUGGCCUGUCCAGAAGAACGAUGGGGAAGGGUUACCCCAAUCCACACCACAGCCUCACCUGUGGGUCGGACAGCGCUUGGGAAGACACUGUAACCCUCCGUGUCUCACAGGUUAGGCCCGUGCACCCUGCACCCGUGCACACACCACGCACGCGCACACACACACACCACACCAUAGCAUUGCAGUAUGUUCUUGCCAAAGAUUUCCUUUAAAAGAAAGAAGCACUUUUAAUAAUUAUUGUUAUUGUUGUGUAAAUGUUUAUCCUUUUUUCUCCCCACUCCUCCCCCUCAAUCUUCCUUGCUGUUGUUUAUUGUUGAAUCUGUUUGUCAGCCAGGAGAGUGCCCUUUCUGGUCUUGAAAGUGGGCUGGGGAGCGGGGGAUGGGAAAGGGGAUGGGAGGCGUAGGCAGGAGGCCCUGGUCAGCUUGGAAGGCAGGGACAGAGACCCCAGGCAGGCUCGGGCUGCAGCCCAACCUGCAUCUUGUUGUGCAGCCAGCCCUCUGAGGCAGUGGGGGCCUCGCGGUAGCUGUCCUGUAUGUAUCUGGCGGGGGAGGGGGUAGGGCAGUGAAGUGACAGCCCUCCCGUUCAGCAGGGACAGAGGCCCAGCCAGGUUCAGGAGGUCCUUCCCAGAUGGAGCCAGAGGGGAAGACUGGGCGUGGGAACAGGGGAGAGGUGACCUCAGAGGGGAAGUGGGGAGGAAGGGAGCUGCUGGAUGGAGUUCCAGGGGUGAGUGAUGCCCCUGCCCUGCGAUUGAUCGUGGUGUUCUGGCUGCCAGCCAGGUGUUCCAGAGACAGAGACUUUGUGUCCUAGAUUUGGGAAAGGCCUUUUGACCCAGGGCCUCAUUGGAAGUUCUCCCACAGCAGUUCCAGAUGCUUGUGGACUGCCAGAAUUCCUUCUCCCCUGGCAGGGUUUGGAGGGAUCCCUGGGUGUGUCAGAGAUGGACAGGAUAGGGGUGGGGGCCCCGUGGCUGCGUGACUAUAAGGGGGAGCUGGUGGAACAGAUGUGAUUCUCUGAAAGGGGGUCCCAGGAGGGAGAUGGGCUGGGCAUUCUUCUGGCCACUCAGAUGGGCUGAGCAGAGGUUGGGCAGACCCCCCACACCACCCAGGGGCCUGUGGACAAGUCUGUGCCUAGAACGGUGUCUGCUCCCUUUUCCUGUGUUGUCGCCAGCCCUGCCUCCUGGGCCUUCUCUCCUGCUUUGGGCUUUUCCAGCUUCAGAAUCUGGGGGAGGCAAGGGGGCCAAUGUCUUUUCUAAGGCUUCCUGCUGCCUCUCCAUCUCCCCACCCUUGGGGUCCUGGGAGAGGCUGGGGGGCGGGCAGCAUCCUGGGGCCACUCCUCACCCGAGUCCAGGCCCCGGCAUCCUGAGACUGGAGUGCCCUGGGCAGUGGUAACACAGAAAGUGUGUGCGCGCGUGUGCAAGUGUGGGUGUGUGUGUGUGCGCGUAUUUUGCUUGUCUCUUUAGGGAACUUCGGAGUUGGGUUGGAGGUGGUGGGCAAUGGGUUGUCAAGUUCACUAUCACCCAGUGGCAAAAGGAAUCGGGAAGCGAGGCUUGUAGGGUCCCCCGACCGGGGGAAUCCCAGCGUCAGUGGCAAUGGGGGUCAACCUCACAGCGGUGCUCCUCUGUCCUCAGAUGGCCGGAAUGUUGGAGGGCCUCUGUUUGCUUCCCACACCUGGGCGCUUCCCAGCGGCAAGGUUAAUUGUAGAGAGACAGCCCACUUUUGUUUCUAAUCAGUGUUCAGCAGCUGGAGACUCCUCUGCGUGCCCACGUGUGGUUCGUGUCUGUGUGAGAGAGAGCAUGUGUGUGCGGGCAUGCUGUUUCCCCACCUCUCUCCUCUCUGACAUGCCAUUCAAAACAAAUGUAAGGAAUUCCUUACCCCGACUCCUGCCCCUGCCUCCCAGACCCUCUGCAGGAAAAACCCAGCAUCCUCCCGUUCCUCUGGCUGUGUAUUUAUAUAGAUGGAAAUAUACUUUCUAUUUUGUAUCUUUGUGCCUGUAACCUCUGUCACCUUGUAUAAACCCUGAUGUACGCGACUUAUCCUGGAUAUGAAUGUAUUGUACACUGAAGCUGUUCCACUCCUGUACAAUGCUCUGUUUCUUGGCGAUCCAUUGUAUGGCUUUAUAAAUGAUAAAGUGAAAGAAAAAUC